UGAGGAGGUUUGAAUGGGGUGGGGGAAAAGGAUGAGACAGCGUGUCGAUCACUGAGUCCCUCCCACCCUGUGUGAGCGUAUAAAGGCUGCCGGUCCGGUGUGUAGAGGCUAAUAGCAGAGUGACACAGCUGCCUUAAGACAAGCAGAAUCAACCUGAAGAAAACCUGUGGAGUAUUUCUUGUUAUUGGAAGAAGAGCUUUCUAACCAAUCUGAACCGAACUACAGGAGCCAAAAUGAAAACGAUCUUCCACUCCUUCCUCUAUUGCUGCCUGCUGGCUUCAGUAGCACACUGUGUGGAACUCGAGGUGAAUCCCGAGUUGAAAAAAAGACUAAGCAUGUGGCUCGGGAGCAGAUUGAGACGGGAUCUUGAAAGCGUUGCAUUAGUGAAGACAGCCGAGUCUGAAAACUUUGUCAGACCAGAGGACAUCAGGGAUACCUUGUUGCCACAUUCCAGCACUGACAUCAACAUCCGAACCAAGAGGUCCAAAGGCUGCGCGCUGGGGACCUGCGCGGUGCACGACUUGGCAGACCGCAUCCAACAGCUCAACCGCAACAGGCUGAAGUCCGACGCCCCCAUUCACAAGAUGAGCCCUCAGGGAUACGGCCGGAGGCGCAGAUCCGUUCCAGAGAGGCAAGUCUCCCUGAGGCUGGAGAAGGGCAGGUUGAGACCUGUGUGGAGACUGAACAACUCGCAGGUUCACAAGCUUGAAGCGCUACUCAGAAGGACAUGAGAGGGAUUUGGAAAGAGGAGUUGGGAGCAAAAAAAAAAAAAAAAGAGAGGGAAUUGGACUCUCCAGCUUGUGUCCCCUUCUACUUGGCUUUGAAAUUCUCCAAAUGCCUAAGACUCUUGCCAAGUAUACUCCAGCACAUUUGUUCCAGGCAGGAGGACUGAGUCAGAGGGAAUCUGGCUGCAGCUGUAGCCCUGGGAUGCCUGAGCCUUGCAGCUCAGCGGGCUAGGGUUUGCAAACAGCUGGCUUAAAGACACUGGAUGGCACAGUGUGGAGCAAACUGCAGGUGCUGCUUCUCUGCUUGGCGGAGGAAAAAGGAUGAGUCCAAACGAGUCCGUGGGUACAUCCUGAAAGAGGGAACCCUCUACCAACAGUUUAGGACUUCACACACUUAUUCCUCAAGGCCUAGACUUUGAAAAGUGCUAUCCUCGAAGGACUACACCACCAUGUUCCAUAAGACUGCCAAUAACGGCUUGCACUUUUCCUUUUGAACUUAAGCAGAAUGAAUCAUAAAGAAAGAUAUCAUUAUCAAUAUGCCUAAAGAGCUCUAAUGCUCUCCGUUUAUAUCAAGUUUUGGACACUGUAUAAGGGAAAAUGCCUUAGAUUCUGUGAGCUAUGCGCCAAUCCAUACUGGAUUGAACUAUACUUGAAAAUGUUUAUUGUCUGUAAAAAAAAAA